AUGCGGCAGCAGAUCUCAUUCAGAGAGGGCCUGCUGGCGCCCGUGGUGCUGUCUGUGUCGCUGUUUGGCCUGUACCUUCUGAUCAAGUUCACAGACUUUGACCUGCAGACCUUCCUCAGCGCCUACUUUUGGCUGCUCGCCACCGUCGCCAUAACCGGCGCCGCGACGCCGCUGCUGCGCCGCGUCGGCGACGCGCUGGGGCAGCCGACCCUGGCCGUGACCGUCCCGGAAGGCCUGCUGAUGGAUGACAAGGGGGAGGGCGUCACGCGCGCCGAGCUGCGGCCGUCGGCGGCGGCGGCGGUUGCGCUCGCGGCGGGCGUGGCGACGUGGGACGCGCUGCACCACGGCGACUUUACUCUCAACAACAUGGUCGCCUGCCUGGUGGCCACCGAGCUGCUGCAGCUACUCGGCAUCCGCAGCUUCCGCGCAGCCGCCCUCCUGCUGGGCGGCCUGCUCUGCUACGAUGUGUUCUGGGUGUUUGCGUCGCCAGAGGUGGUGGGCGACAACGUGAUGCUGGCGGUCGCCACCUCGGACGCCGUCACCGGCCCCACGCGCCUGCUGUUCCCGCGCGUCCCGCGCGUGGGGGGCCAGGUCCCAGACUUCCCCUUCUCCCUGCUGGGCCUGGGGGACGUGGCGCUGCCCGGGCUGCUGGCCGCGCUGGCGCUGCGCUACGACGCGUCGCGCAGCACCGACAUGCGGGCGCGCGCCACCGCGGCCGCGGAGGCGAUCCAGGAGGCGUUGGGGGAGCUGGGCCCCGGGGCCUCGCGGCAGCAGAUGGGCGACGCGGCCGCCAAGGCGGCGUUCACCGCGUAUGACGCGGUGGCAGACCGCGAGGAGCGCCAGCGAAACCUCAGCCAAGGCGGCGGAAGCAGCAGCACUAGCAGCAGCGGCGGCGGCAGCGGCGGCAGCGGCGCGGGCGACGGGGAGGGCGCCGCAGAGCAGGAGGAGCGCGUGCCCGUGUCUGACGCGCUGCUGGUGCAGCGGCCAACGUUCACCGCCGCGAUGGUCGCAUACGUGGCGGGCCUGCUGCUGGCGUUCGCGGCGAACAGCGCGACGGGCAUGGGGCAGCCGGCGCUGCUCUACAUUGUGCCCAGCAUGCUGGGGGCGCUGGUGCUGAGCGGCUUGCUGCGGAACGAGCUCGGGCGGCUGUGGCGGUUCACGGACGUGCCCUCUUGGAAGCCCAAGCCGGCCAGCACCAAAUGA